AUGGUAGAAGACACUGAAACCCAAGUCAGUGCCAGCAUGAGGACCAAAGGAGGCAGGAAAGGCAAGAUGACCCAGGUGCAAGCUGACAAUGAUGCCACCAACAAGAAUGAGCUGGAGAUCAUCAAUAACAAAGCUGAUGAAGAGGCCAACUCUGACUUGGAUUUUGACAGUGGUGACAAGCAAUACAACUUCUGCACCCUAGCAAAGCUCCUCGAGCCUGUGCCAAAGCUCACAUCAUGCAGCUACUACAGCUGGAGCACACACAUAAAGUCAUUCCUUCAGUCCAUACCCCAUGCAAUGAAACACCUUGAGGGAGUGUAUGACAAGAAGCACCUGAAAUGGAGCCACACCCUUGAUGAUGCUUUGACCAAUGCUCUCUGUGGAAUGAUUGACACUACCAGGGAGCACAACAUCAACUAUCUUGUCCUAGAUGUAAUCAGAGAGUACCUCACCUUUCAUCAAGUGUGGAGAAAGAUUGAAAAUGGACUGACAAACAAUGCCACCAAGACAUCCCACAGGCUUGCACUCAUCUCACAGCUUGGCAACAUAAAGAUGUUCCAUUUGGAUGCAAGGAAGCUAAUCCAAGAAAUCUGGUCUAUCCAGACCAAAAGUAGUUUACUUGGGAAGCCAUUUGCCAAUGACACAUUGUUCUCAGCUUUGCAGAAAUGCAUGAUCUGGCAUCUGGUGUAUAAAGAGAUGGUCACCACCAUUCAUCAAAUUGAUUUCAAUACCCUUGCCACUGCAUUGAGCAUCUGUCAGACCACCAUUGAGAGCAUCCCCACACAGAAGAUUGACCCUCGACAGGCUAGUGCCAGGACCACCAGCAAUGAUGAUCAAGAUGACUGUCAGGGGUCUCGCGCCUGA